CCCUGCAACCCGCAAGAGUCUAUAAUCUCACAAUGGCCCGUACAUACCUCAUCGGUGGCAACUGGAAGUGCAACGGCACGGUACAGUCCGUCAAGGACCUGUGUGCUCUGCUCAACAAGGUGGAGAUCACUUCCGACAAGGUGGAAGUGAUUGUGUCGCCCCCGGCGCUACACAUUGACCUGGCCAAGUCGCUGUUGCAGAAGAAGAUCGCUGUGAGUGCGCAGAACGUUAGUCUGACUGGCACGGGCGCCUACACGGGCGAGAUCGCGGCCGAGCAGCUUGUGGACUUCGGUCUGGAGUGGACCAUCACGGGUCACUCGGAGCGUCGCGCCUAUUACAACGAGACGGACGAGAUCGUGGCCAAAAAGACUAAGCGCGCGCUGGACUUGGGCCUUAAGGUCAUUUUCUGCAUUGGUGAGUCGCUUGAGGAGCGCGAGGGCAACAAGACGAUGGACGUGCUCAUCCGUCAGACGCAGGCCCUGGCUAACAUUGUCACUGAGGCUGACUGGGCCCGUAUUGUCAUCGCCUAUGAGCCUGUGUGGGCCAUUGGCACGGGUGUUGUCGCCACUCCCGCCCAGGUCCAGGAGGCCCACAAGGACCUGCGUGGGUGGAUUGCUGGCAAGGUGUCCCCUGAAGUCGCCGAGAACGUCCGCAUCAUCUACGGCGGCUCUGUGAAGGGUGACAACUGUGAGGAGCUCAUUGCUCUGGCCGAUGUUGACGGCUUCCUAGUGGGCGGUGCCGCGCUCAAGCCUGAGUUCGAGAAGAUCAUCAAGAGCGCUUUCUAAGUGCAAAACUUCACUUUUGGUGGCCUAGUAAUGCGUUAAUACAACAAUUCCCGAACAUCCAUAACAAAAUUA